AUGGCUCAAGGUAACUUAAAAUUAAAAGCUAAAGGCCCUAAGAAGGUUGUAAAGAAACUGUUGACUCCUAAGAAAGCCACACCAAAGAUUAUCAAGCCAAAGAAAGCGCCUGCAAAGCAAGCUACGAAGUUAACUAAGGUCCAACAAGGGCAUUUGAUGAACUCAACUGAGAGAUUGAUUGCUGGUAGAGUAGGUCAUUUAGAAUUAAUCAAAGGGUCUAGAAGACAACUUGAAAAGAAGAGAAGGCAAAGAGUGGAAAGAAAUAGAGAAUGUCAGUUAAUCCCACUAAAUUGCAAGAGAUAUUGUCCAAUUUUCCCGAGAAAUAUGGAAAGGAGCAGGAACUGA